GACGGAAACCCAAAAACGGGCUGGCACUGCUGUUGGCGCACAUUUCUUUGCUUAGAAAUAAAGCAACAAAAACAAAAACGAAUACUUAUUUAUUAAAAUUUAAUAGCAUUAAUUAAGACAUUACUGAUUUGUGGUUAUAAAUUAAGAAAAAAAGUGUUGAUCGCUCGCGCUUGCUUACGUAACUGGCAAGUGAUCGGAAGAAAACGGUUUACGAAUUUUGACAAAAAAAUACGUAGAAUAGAUUUUUCCUAGAAGCUUCAGAAAAUGAGCACGCUGCUGUUCCUGGUUGCCACGGUGGUGGUCUAUGUGCUGCACUCACUGAUCCGGUCGCUUAAACGUCCGCCAAAUUUUCCACCAGGUCCCGACUUCAUGCCAUGGAUUGGCAAUACUAUACAGCUGCGCAAGGAGGCACGCGCCUGUGGUGGCACACAUCUGGUAUUUGAGAAAUGGUCAAUAAAGUACAAUAGCAAUCUGUUGGGACUCAAGCUGGGCAGCGAGUAUGUCGUGGUGGUACUCUCCUAUCCGCUGGUGCACGAGGUGCAUGUAAGCGAGGUUUACGAUGGACGUCCGGAUAAUUUCUUUCUGCGUCUGCGCACAAUGGGUACACGCAAGGGCAUAACCUGCACAGACGGCCAACUCUGGCAAGAGCAUCGCAAUUUUGCAAUGCGACAAAUGCGGCAUGUCGGCUAUGGACGCACAGAAAUGGAGCAGUAUAUCGAAAAGGAGGCCACUAAUUUGCUGCGGUAUAUCGAGGAUCUGCAGGGAGAGCCUGCAUGGCCGGGCUCAUUUCUGGCGCCCAGCGUGCUUAAUGUGCUAUGGACCUUGACAGCCGGUAAAGGCAUCGAUCGCGACGAUAAGCGUUUGCAGAAGCUGCUUGAUAUGCUGAAUCGACGCUCUAAGAUUUUCGAUAUGUCUGGCGGCGUGCUCACACAAAUGCCAUGGCUGCGGUAUGUGGCACCGAAUUGGACGGGCUACAAUUUGAUUUGUCAAAUGAAUCAGGAAAUGCAUGCGUUCUUCUUAGAAGCCAUUAACGAGCAUCGCACCAGCAUUACGCCGACAAAUGCAGAUAGUGAUCUCAUCUACGCCUACAUACGCGAGAUGAACGAACACAGCGCUGGGGUGAAGAAUACAACGUUCAGUGAAACCCAGCUGACAAUGACCAUUUUAGAUUUCUUCAUAGCCGGCUCGCAGACAACCAGCAAUACUACAGAUUUGGCUCUAAUGAUGCUUGCGCUGCAUCGGCGUGUACAGGAACGUGUCUAUGAGGAAAUCACAACUAAUUUUGAAAAAUUCGAAAUCGCCGUAAAUCUUUGCAAUCGCGAGUAUUUCCCCUAUACGAAUGCAUUCAUUAUGGAAGUGCAACGUUAUUUCCAUAUAACACCAAUAACGGGGCCGAGACGUGCCUUAUGGAAUACGACGCUCGAAGGCUACAGUGUGCCAAAAAAUACUACAAUAUUGAUCGGCUUGCGUUCUGUGCAUAUGGAUAAAGAGCAUUGGGGUGAUCCGGAAAACUUCAGACCACAACGUUUCAUCGAUGACGAAGGAAAGGUGCUGCGCGAUGAGUACUUCAUGCCGUUUGGUCAAGGGCGUCGCCGUUGUCUAGGCGAUGCUUUGGCGCGUGCGUGCCUAUUCUCAUUCCUCACGAAAAUUGUGCAUCGUUACCGCAUAGAAUUGUGCGAGGAAGCUAUGCCUUCUGUAGUGUUACAACCGGGUAUAACGCUGACGCCGAAGCCCUAUAAGGUGCGAUUUGUGGAGCGGAGUUGAACUUCGGUGGUGUAUA